ACAGUGUAAAAAGCUUAAUUUCUGAACACCCUGGCUCGUCAUAGUCAAAAUAUAUAAGUAGAUUUGGUUGCCGAUUCGGACAAUCACCGAGAAUCCGAAGAAUUGUGAAGUUCGAGUCGCAGAAAUAUUGUAAAAGUAUUGUCCUCCCCAUCACAAAGCUAAAUGCAACAACAUCUCAAGGAUCAACUAGCUGAACUACGACUCUGUCUUGCAGCAUUGCCAGCAGACAUACCUAUUCCCAAGGAGUCGAAGUAUAAAUUCUCGAACUUCAGCCCAGAUGCUGAAUGGGCUGCGGACAUUGGCGAGGCUGCUGCCGUCAAUCGAGAGCUAGAAGUCAGGUUGGGCAGUCGAGUUGAUGGCCUGAAACUUGUUGAACGAGGCCCAGAGAUGGAGGCCAUAGUCCACGUUUUUGAAACAUGGACAAAGAGAUUUCCGGGUGAUGUUAUCCUGGAGAAAUGGGUUGACGACACUCUCGAAGCUGCGCGAGGCCUCAUUCUUGCCGCGGGAAAAGCUUUGCCAGUCCUUGUCUCGGACUCGAGUUCUACAAAACAAAAGCCAAUCAAAGUCAAUCAUACUCAGAUACCCGGGAAACGAAAGCCCAAGGUUCAGAAGCUCGAUAGCCAUAUAUUGGCAACCUUCGAUGAUGACCGGUAUAUCAGUGCUGGCGAAGACGAGGACAGUCGAAAAGGUGGAGCAAAGAUGCAUCCACUGCUUCGCAAGGUUUCGAAGCCUUGCCAUUUAGCAAGUGAUCCCACCGGGGAAAAACUUGUUCGGUGCAUUGCCAGCCGUGGCUGUAACAUCACCUGGUCAUGGCCAAGAGCUCGGCAACGAAUCAUGAAGCAUGCUGCCAAUGAGUGUCCGAGUAUGGCGAGGGAGUGGCGCAAAGAAGCUAGGGAUUACAUGGCUUCCAAAGCUGUACGAGGGAAGGGAAAAGGUGUGGUCCUAGAAGCAGGGUCAAAGUCGGACUCGGAUUCGAAUGACGUCAUGCUAUUGGAGGUGGAAGACCGGCCGAUGAAGAAACCAAGGAUGGAGCUGCAGGUCGUUUCAAGUUCAAAACAGGUUGCGUCAUUCAACAAGAAGUAUGUUACCGAAGGUCAUAAAGCACUAAAGGAGAAAGGUGACCAAGCACUCAUGCUACUUGUGACGUGUACGGGAAUCCCACCACACAUCAUUGAUUCGGAUGAAUUCAAGGCUUUUUGUAGCAUUCUGAAUGCCAACUACAAGCCUGCCUCUGCAACGACUCUUGCCGAUACACUAAUUCCAAACGAAUCUGCAAGAAUAACAAAAAUGAUUUUCGACUAUCUGAAAACACAACGUGAUCUCACCAUUACGUUUGAUGGUGGAAAAAUCCGGAAGCCCAAAUCAUUCUACACUGUUCAUGUCACCACUGCUGACAGGCGAACCCUUCUGCUUGAGCUCGACGACGCCUCGAUGCUCAGUCAUACAGCCAAAUAUAUUGGAGAGUUGUUGGAGGGUAUUUUGGCUUUCAUGGACAAGUCAGGCUAUGCAAUGGAGCACUUCAACUAUCAUCGUGGUGUUCUUAAAAUUGGCCGGGGCCUAGAGAAAAUCAGCAAAACUCGAUUCGCAAACAUUCAUUGGUCUGCGGCCUCACUGCAACGCUGUUUGCCUGCAAUGCAAGCCAUAGUUAGCAAUCCGAGUCUGGGGAUUGACGUGAAGGGACGAAAUCAUUUAUUCGAGGCGAACACCACAGAUUCGCUAAUGUUUCAAGUUGCCUUAGCCAAGCUUGUAGCAAUUACGGGACCAUACGCGAAGGCAAUUCAGUGUCUGGAAUCUGCGCAUACAACAUGCGCAGACGUCUAUCUGUACUGGCUUGCCAUUGUCGCACAAAUGGAACAACUCCUUCGAGGCAAUACAAUUCGACUGCGUGAAGAGACCAAAUUGGCCAUUCGCGCGAUUACAAAUGCGCGGUUCAAUCAGAUGAUCAACGACGCACCAAAUGAUCCAUAUAUCACGGCAUUUUUCUUGCACCCAGAACACCGAACUGCACAGAUCUACAAGAAUAUCAAUCCUCUUGACCUGCCUCCCAUCCAUUUGACGAAAGCAAAUGGGGCAUACAGUAUUGUGUCCCCCGAAGAUUCAAUCAUGAAGAGAGUUGGCACGAGCCUUCAGCUCAUGCUCAAGCACGAGUAUGGUGAUGUUUAUGAUGGGGUAAGGUCAGAUCAAGCUGCCGCGAAGCUUAUGAAAGAGAGAAAUCCCCGCUUCGCUGGAUUGACUCCACGAGAGGCUCUGCAGGCAUUGAAGGUCGAGCUCAAGGAGUAUCACAAAGGAGUGGAUCCUUUCAACCGUAAGAUUCGCAAGCACGAGAAUGUUCGAGACUGGUGGUUGGCUGUUCAAAAGGACGAAAACGCGCGAGUCCUUGGGGCCCUUGCAAUCAAGUUAUACUCCGUCGUACCAGUGUCGAUGGCUGACGAGAGGACAGUU